AUGAUAACUAACUCAAAAAUGGAAAAUAAAAUAUUAGAUGAAUUUGAUGAAGAAGAAUUAAAUAAACUCAAAAUUAAUAGUAAUAAUAAAGAAUCAACCACCACCACCACCUCCACCACUACCACUACUACAACAACUACUUCAACAAGUGGUGAAGAAAGUGAUGAUGAACAUACUGGAUCAUCAUCAUCAACAGCAGCAAUGGAAUUACAUAGAUAUAAAAUAUCACAAGAAUGUCCAGUUGAUUUCGAAGAUGAUUAUGAUGAAGAAUCAUCAUCAUUUGAUGAAGAAGAUGAAGAUUCAGCAGCAGAAUCAAAUGGUGGCAAUGGUAAAUUAAUUCCAAAUCCAAAUGAUAAAAAAAAGAAACGUUCAUCAAAAUCAUCAUCAAAAUCAUCAAAAUCAAAAUCAAAAUCUAAAAAUAAAGAAACCACAGCAAAUCCAGUUCAAAAUUGUCAAUUAAUGGAAUCUGGUACAUUAUUCUCACCAACUGAAUUUGUAAAAUCAUCAACAGUGAAUCCAUCAAAAUCACCAGUUCAACCAAUUAAAUUAUCAUCAAUGUUAGGUUUAAGUGAAUUAGGUACAUCAAAUGUCCUAACUGUUCAAAAUCCACAACCAAUUUCCGAACCUUUGAAAAAUGACAUUAGUAGUGGUAGUAGUAGUAGUAGUAGUAGUAAUAAUAAUAAUAGUAAUAGUAAUAGUAAUGGUAAUUGUAAUUCAGAUUCAACAAAAUCUAAAUUUACAUCAUUAAAUUCAUGGGAUGCACCACCAUUAGCAAAUGUCUUACCAGAUCCAUCCUAUUGUCAAGAUAUAGUUGAUAGUGAAAAUAAUUUCAUUGUACCAUCUGUAAAACAUACAAUUUUAGAUGUUGAUAAUUUAUUUAAUAAUUUAAUUCAAAAUACAAAUAAUAAUAAUAACAAUGAUUUUAAAUCAUCAACAAUGAUUGGUAAACCAUUUUCAUCAGGUGGUGAUGGUUCAACUUCACCCUUAAUUUCAGGAUUAUCAUCAUCAUCAAUAAUUCCAAAUGGUAAUGGUAGUUUAGCAGAACAGCAACAACAACAACAACAAAGUAUACCAGAAUCAGAAAUACCAAUUGAUAUUAAAGUUUUACAAUUAAGUGGUUCAAGAAUGUUUUUUAAUAGGGAAUUAUCAGAAUUAAUUUACUUUUAUCGUAUACUUUAUGAAGCAUAUAAUCCAACUUAUCCAAUAUUAGAACGUGUUAGAUUCAUUGCAAUUACAUCACAAAAUUUGGAUAUGUAUUUUUGUAAACGUGCAUUAAAGUUAAGAUUAGGUUAUAUUUCUACUAGAAAAACAUUGAAACCAGAGGAACAUUAUAUUAAUAUGGUAUUGAAUACAACAAGAAAUUUAAUCAAUGAGAUUUAUAAUAUCUAUAUGAAUAUAUUAGCACCAGAACUUUCAAAUAAUAAUGUAUUCAUUAUAAAGUAUUCCGAUUUAACAGAACCAGAGAAAAUUCAAUUACGUGGUUUCUUUUUACAACAUGUUUUCCCAUUGAUGACACCAUUGGUGGUCGAUGCAGGUCAUCCAUUCCCUAAUCUUAGUAAUCUCUCAUUGAACAUAGCGGUCCUUUUGAAACAUGACGAAGAUACCACCAGAUUCGUACGUAUUAAAGUGCCUCAAAGAAUCCCACGUUUUGUACAUAUUAAACAACGUUCCAACUAUUCAAUCAUACCAAUGGAGGAGAUAAUAUUGGCAAAUUUGGAUACACUCUUCCCAAACACUAAAAUCUUGACAAAGUCAUUGUUCCGUGUAUCACGUCACAAUGAUUUGAAGCUUAGUGGAGAGGAUCAGGCAAAUGAUCUUUUGGAAUUAAUUAAAACCGAAUUACAUAAGAGAAAGUUUGCACCAAUGGUUAGAUUAGAGGUCAGUCAUAAUAUGCCCGCAGAGAUAUUGGAUAUGUUAAAGACACAAUUGGCAUUGGAUGCCUAUGAUGUCUACGUCAUCAAUGGUCCAUUGGGUUUACAAGAUCUCUUUGAACUUUGUAAAUUAAACUUACCACAUCUCAAAUUCCAACCUUGGGUACCCCACAUCCCAAGUAGAUUAGUAAACUUGGCAAAAUAUCCAUCAGAGGACGUCUUUUCUGUCAUUAGAAAAGGUGAGCUAUUGGUGAAUUUACCUUAUCUAAGCUUCAAUUCUUCUGUUCAAUUCUUUAUUGAAAGUGCAGUUAAGGAUCCAAAAGUAUUGGCAAUCAAAAUCGCAAUCUAUAGAACAAACUCAAAUUCUCAAUUGAUUCGUGCACUUUGCGAGGCUGCCUCUCAUAAGGAGGUUAUGGUCUUGGUGGAUUUGAAGGCAUCUGGUGACGAAGAACAAAAUACAAAAUUCGCCCGUCUUUUGGAACAAGCUGGUUGUCAUGUAAGUUAUGGUUUGGUUGGUUUGAAAACUCAUGCUAAAAUCGCAAUGGUCGUACGUGAGGAGGAGAAUGGUCUAAGAGAGUAUUUAAAUAUCUCCACUGGUAACUACAAUGCAAGCACCUCUGACGUCUAUGCCGAUAUUUGUCUAUUCAGUUGUGACCCUGACCUAGGUGAAGAUAUGUGCAACCUUUUCAACUACCUCACUGGCUAUAGCCGUGUAUCCUCCUUUAAGAAACUUUUAAUCGCUCCAAUGAAUAUGAGAUCCACUUUAAUCCAAUUGAUCGAUAACGAGGCAAAGAACGCCAGAGAAGGUAAAGACGCAACUAUCAAUGCCGUCAUGAAUGGUUUGGAUGAUAAGAGAUUGGUCAAUGCCCUCUACCAAGCAAGUAUAGCAGGUGUGAAAAUCACUCUAGUCGUUAGAGGUCGUUGUAGAAUACUUCCAGGAAUUAAAGGUAUCAGUGAAAAUAUUAAAGUCAUCUCAAUUCUUGGUCGUUUCCUUGAACAUUCAAGAAUCUAUUGUUUCCAUAAUAAUGGCAAACCAAAAGCUUAUAUUGCAUCAGCCGAUUGGUUACAUCGUAAUCUUAAACGUCGUGUCGAAGUAAUGGUUCCUGUUGACGAUGCUAAUAACAUCAAACAACUCUAUGAAAUUAUAAAUGUUUAUUGUAAUGAUUCAAACGCUUGGGAAAUGUUAUCUGAUGGUCGUUAUAAAAAACGUUCUUCUCCAAUUGAUGAAGAUUCUCAAACUCAAUUCAUGAAUCAAACAAAUCAAAAACAUCCAGUAAUUUGGUCAAAAUAA